AUGAACCAAGUCCAGCAGUUGCCUUGUCUCCCGGGAUAUAACUUCAAUACCAAUGUGGGCCGUACGCGGUUCAACAGGUCGAUGGAAUUCGACAAGUUGCACGAUGGCGUGUACUACCUGGCCGACAAGUCCAAGAGAUCGCCCCACGACCGCUACCCGGCUUUGUACGCCUGGGGGGAGCUACCCCCGAGACCCCCUUGGCUAUCCCUCGACGGUCAGCGGCUCAUGUUCAAUGCCUACUUCCAAGAGAGCAUCCACGAGGGCCGUUACCCAUACAGGAUUCGCCUAGUCAACAUAAGCUUCUUUCUCGAGGACGGCACGAUAAAAGUUUCCGAGCCGUCCGUGGACAAUAGCGGCCUCGAGCAAGGUGUCCUGGUGCGCCGCCAAAGGAUUCCACUGCCGGAUCCGGUGAAGUACCGUUACUUCGACAUCCUCGACCUUAACGUUGGCAGGGAGCCCCGGAUCUUCGGCCGCGUGUACAAGAUCUACAACUGCGACAAGUUCACCCGGCACUUUUUGAACCGAAUGGGAAUCCCCGUGCCGGAUCCCCUCGAGCCCCCCGCCAACCCCAAACACAAAAGAGUGCGAUCAACUUUCAGCCAAAACCUCGGAAGGAACAAAGAGGAGUGCAAUUUGGGCAACUUUUUUAAAUACGACGGCAUGGUGCUCCGGUUCUUUGGCACUUGGGACGAUUCCGACGUGCCCUACGGCUACGUCCACAAUCUGGAGGUGCUCUACUACCUGGUGGACGGUAGCAUGGAGGUCAUCGAGAACCUGCCCAAUUCCGGCAGCCCGGCCAAGAGAUCCUUGAUCGUCAAACGAUCGAAACUACCCAAAUUUUUCACGGAAAUAGAGCCGAUCGGGAGCAGCGAUCCUCUGACGCUGCUCAACGUCCUCGGGGAGAACGUCGAGCGCAGUUACUACGUGACCGACAAGUCGUACAACGACGGCCGAUCGGCUGGCGGGCGCUACUAUAGGGACUGCGAUCUCGCGAUCGGCGCCCAACUCAACGUUUUCGGGCGCAAGGUCGUACUCGCCGACAUGGACGAUUUUACAAAGGAGUACUACAGGACAAAGUACGGCCUGGACGAUUUCACGCCGUUGAAAGCCGACGAUCGGGAAAGCGACCGAGCCGAGCGUAGGUUCCAGGUGCCGCCGUACAAUGGCUUCGGCUCGUACGAGGAUUCCCUGGUCAACUGCUUCUCGAUGGUGCCCAAGCGACCGAAAAUACCUACCGAUCGAUUCUUUCGCUACGAAAACCAAAAAAACGACAACCGCGUCCUGAGGUUCGCGGCGAAAAUGAUAUCCGACGUACCCGCGAACGCUGACCGGUGCUUCGUCGUCAACGUCCGGCUGUUCGACAACGCCGUGUCGAUCCCCGAGAUCGUCUGCGAGAGAAAAGGUCGAAACAAGAGUAUGUUCCAGCAGUACGCGCGAGCCCGGCUGCCGGGACAGAACGUGUUCACGAGCGAGGAGCCGCGGUACUACGAGCCCCGGCACUUUUACAUCGGUGCCACGGUCACCCUCUACGGCUUCAAAUUCCAACUCGUUGGCGCGGACGAGUACACCUUCAACUACAUGGAGCAUCACCACACAGAGUUUCCCAUGUCCAACGUUCGAGCGAUCAUGGGGAAGCUCCGGGAGGCCCUGAGACCCGUGUACCGGGAGUUUGUCGGCGCGUACUCGCCCCCCGAGUCAGACGGCUCGCCGGUGGUCUUGACUCUGUCUCGUCUCAGGGAAGCGUUGGUUGAGCACUUGGGAGACAACGUGACCGAGCACGAAGUUUUGGCCCUUGCGCGCCGCUACGCGCUAUGCGAGCGCAGGGAACCUUACCCGCGGGAGUACGUGAGAGCACUGGUACACACGGAAUUGAAUCGUCACGUGUGGCAAGAGUUGGAUAGGCUCGAGGAGGACAUCCGAGACCGGGACAGGGAGAAAAAGGGCCACCUCGGCAAGGACGAACUUUACACGAUACUGCGCGCCAACCGAGUACCUCUCGAGCGCGAACUCAUCGAUCUCAUGCUGGAUCGGCUUGGGAAAAACGAGCAAGGACACGUCGACUGCUCGGAUCUUAUUUGUUUUCUCAACGUGAGGAUCAAUCCCACGACACCGACACUGCCGAUCAACUUGAAGGGUAUCCGCUGGACGGCUGCGGAAGAGCCCAAGGAUUGCAACAAAAUCGACUGGUGCUCAUUUUUAAAGGACCUCGGCUUGGAGGAGAGACUUUCCGGAGAAAAACCGAGCGACGCAUAA